AUGGUACCGAACAAAGCAGCCGGACAACCCAAAAAGAGCACUCCACCACCCGCGAUUGAGAUUCCGAUGCCACCACCCGCGAUUCCCACCAAUGCAGUGGGCGAGGAUACACCGACUCUCCAGGACGGGGCGCAGGCAAAGCACACAGCUUCGCCGCCAACCCUGCCGGAUGAUGCCGAGACUAUCGUGCAAUCACUGCCAACAUCAUCCGCGACCACCGCCAACGAGGAAACUCUAGGAGCUCUAUUGGAAGCUUGGAGCGCUAUGCAGGUGUCAGUCGGGGAGAGCACGCAGAAGGUAGAGAGCUGCCUCGCUACGAUGACCACCCACUUGGGCGAGUCACGAGACGAGACAGCUGUCACCAACGCGGCCCUUGACAACAUCCGCGGAAUGGUUAGCCGACUGGAAGAGAAGAUUGCUGGGAGCCACGCCACGCUGAUCCAGGACUUGGACCAUCUGAAGAGAGCUGGAGAAGAUCAUCGUGUGACCAUCGGCAACAUCAACACCCGCGUUUCCCGCAACUCGUGCCUCGACGUCUCUGCACAUGCCUACUCGAUCUUUGGAAACAAUGGUCUGGUGAAUGCCAAGAUCAUUGUUGAAGCCACGACCGCGUACGGCCGCGAGCUCUCGAUCAUCACGAUCGACACAGCCGGCUACUACUCGCGUACGGGCUUUACAAAGACGAGUAGGGAGGCGAGAACGGAGAGUCCGAGGAUGAGCAAAAUAAGAGAAGAUGUUGUUAGAUGGGCGAGAGGGCAAGGUACUGAGCGGUGCUAUGAGUACCGGGCAAGUUGGAUGGAUUACUUUCCAUUCCAAUGCUUGCUCGGAUGCGCAUGUGUGUCCUCUCGUACCCCACCAUCCGCGCACCAUGAUAACUCCGAGCCCUGCGAAACUCGUCGAAUGGCGCAGCUCUGCACGAUUUCUACUAUGAAAUCGGCGAAGAGCGCUCCAUUUGAAGAAAUCCAAGUCCUCCACAUCGCCUGA